UCUUUCCUCCUCCCGGCCCUCUCUCGAGCGCCGGGCGGGCCUACGCUGCCGGGGUUUGGCGUUUGGGAACGCACCCCUGGUCUCCUUAGCUGAGCCUGGGCAGUGGGUGGAGUUGAAGGGGUGACGGCUGCCCGCGCGUCCUGGUGCCUGGGAACAAAAAAAGAGGAGUUAGGCUGUUGACCCUGGGUAACUGCAGAAGUCCGUGUGGUUUCAGAAUGAGGUACAGGUCGUUUUUAAUUUAAAAGACAAAUGAAGACAGAGAGUUUGAGGUAGCGGGAAAUCCAGCCAGGCAACAGUACCACUAUCCUGAUCACUGUACUUGCGAGAUGAUAACGGUUGCAUUUGCACUGCCCUUGCCGUAUGCCGAACAUUGUCUUGGGUGCUUCGUGUAAAUGAACUCAGUUGAACUCCACAGUCACCCCAAGAGUGAGGAAAACAUUUGGAAACUCUGUGAAUACAUCAAAACCCAUGACCAGUACCCCUUGGAAGAGUGUUCCGCUGUCUUCAUAUCAAAUGAGAGGAAGAUGGUACCUAUUUGGAAACAGCAGGCAAGACCUGGGAAUGGACCUGUAAUCUGGGAUUACCACGUCAUCCUGCUUCACGUGUCCAGUGAAGGACAGAGCUUCAUUUAUGAUCUUGACACUAUUUUGCCAUUUCCCUGCCCUUUCAACAUUUACGUAGAAGAUGCCCUUAAGUCUGAUGAUGACAUUCAUCCACAGUUUAGGAGGAAAUUUAGAGUGGUUCGUGCUGAUUCCUACUUGAAGAACUUUGCUUCUGACCGGUCUCACAUGAAAGAUUCCAGUGGGAACUGGAGAGAGCCUCCUCCAGCGUACCCCUGCAUUGAAACUGGAGACUCCAAAAUGAACCUGAAUGACUUCAUCAGCAUGGAUCCUGAAGUAGGAUGGGGAGCUGUCUACACGCUGCCUGAGUUUGUACAUCGGUUUAGCAGUAAAAACUGCUGAGCCUGAUGCUAGAGUGUGGACUGGAGAGGUUCUAGGCUAUGAGUAAGCCGUCUUUUCAUGGUACAUGUAGUUUGGAGGUAUAUUUUUUCUUAUUUAUUUUGAGUGGAAACAUUAAUGAACGCAAAUAUAAAUGAAUGUUCCCCCCCCCCCCUUUUUUUUUUUGGCUUGGGAAGCUAUCCUGGAGUUCUGUCUCCAACCCUAAGUUAGUCAGUUCCAAGCCUCAGACACAGAUAAACAAGUAAAAUAAAAGCUUUCCUAUUGAUAGGCCACACACAGCAUAUAGUUGCUAAGAUAGUCCCAUGACUUAUUUGUUUAGAUGUGCGGUAACCUAGGCCAGCAAUUGCUUUUCUUAAACUAGAAGUGUGGACUUGGAGCCAGCUCCUGUUUGCUCUCUCUGCUUCCUGUCCUGCUAGACUCUAAACUCCUUGAGCAUAGGGUUGUGGCCUGUGGCUCUGAGAACCUCUGUUGCCCAUUAGAGGUUCCUGUGAAAUGUUCCAGAGAGCUCUGCUGCUCGGAAAGGACGAUAUUGUGAGCUGAAUCAGCUAGAAGUAUUAGUCUUUUUGGACUACGAUGUUUAAAAAAGUUGUAGAUAUUUUGACUGAGUGUUAUUUGGCCCAUUUAUAUGCAUAGUUUAAAUAAAACUGACUUAAAAUUA